AUGGAUGGAGAUAAUGAAGAAUUAUCUAAAGAAACAAAUGAUGUGCCUAAUACUGAGGAACAUAGAAAUAAUAUUCAUGAAGUUGAAGACAAUAUCGUAUCGAAUGAAAAAUACAAGCGGAGGAGGAAGAACAAUAGAAAAGAUAUAAAAAAGGAUAAGGUUAUUAAGCAAAAGGACUGUGUAAAGUGGACUGCGGAUCUUCAUGCAAAAUUCAUGAAAAGUUUGGAACAAUUAGGUGAGGGAAAAUGUUACCCAAAGGAUAUGGUGGAGGUUAUGGAUGUGCCUGGUCUUACCAGGAUGCAGGUAGCGAGUCAUUUACAGAAAUGCCGUUUCAACAAUUGGAGAUCUCCAGAAGAGCGCAAAAGUAGUCGUCGUACAUCAGGCCAAGAAUCUUUAAGUGAAUCUCAACAAAAAAGUAGCAAUAGAAAAUAUGGGACAAUGCCCUAUCUUCAAAAUAAUAUUCCUAAUCAAAUCCAAAGAGGGCUAGAGUUUCCAUUUUCAACUCCCAAUACCAGCAACACUUUUGCUAGAGGGGAGAGUUCAAUUCAAGAGAAACUCUAUCCUCCACAAUUUCAGGUUCAACCCCACUACCCCAGCAUUGACAAUUCAUUAAAUAACCCAUUUUUUACUGUGCAAAAUAAUGUUGGCGGUGUGCUUCAACAACAUCAGCAUAGACCAUUAUUGGAAAUGUUUGGUUCACUAAGACUACAGGACCCAAUUGUAGGAAACAUUACUCAUAGGCCUGGCUCGGCAUUUAACACGUGGAAUCAUCAUACUCAAAGUGAGUACAACUUGGACCUCAAUGUAGUUCAUAAAAAAACACAUUUAGGUAGUAAAAUAAUGCCUGAUAUAGGUAUUGGAAAUAGGAUGAUUAAUGACUAUAACUUGAAUGUGAAUGCAGGAAAUACAAACACAUAUUCAGGUAGCACAACGAUGUCUGAUGCUGAAAAUGUGACUAGUGACGAAGUUGAAACAAUAAAUGCUAAUUUUCAGCAACAUAUUGCUGAACCAAAUAUGUCUUAUCCAAGCAAUAUAAUCGCGACAAAUAAGAGUGAUAUAGAAGGAAGUGAUGCAAAUGAGAGGGAAGAUUGUGAUGCAUAUUAUAAUUUCAAUCAUAUGGGUUAUUUCUUUCAAAAUAUUGGACCUCCAGGUGCUAACCUACCCAAUUCAUAUGACAGUGAGUUUGAUCAAGUUUAUUCUGAUGAUUAG